AUGCUUCUAACACGCAUGUUCGCGCUCUCUCUCACUGGGGCACUUGCAGCUCUCGCCUGCCAGACCCGAGAUGACUGCUCCGGCGAUCAAAUUUUGGUUCUGGCCCCUCGUGGGGUUACGGGUGCCAGGAACCAGAUAGUCAAUGCUGCAAUCGGGGCAUCACAUGUGUGA